UAUCGCUUAUUUUGUUAAUUUUUGUUUUUUUUACAAUUAUUCAAUUUUUAUCAUUAUUCUUACUAUCAUUUUAUUUCUACGCACUUAUCGCGCUUUUUAUAAUCAUUUAAUAUAUUAUGUAUAAUUUUGAGAAUUCUUUACUGUGCUUAAUAUGUUAAUUAUUAAAUUUGUAAUCAUUUCUCUAUUAAAACCCUUAGUUAAUCCUUAAUAUGAUUGUAUUUUUAAUAUUUAUUAUGAGAAAAAAGCAUAAAUUUAAGAUCUUUUACUAUAUUAUAUUUUAGUGAGAUGACCUGAUUUUUGGAUGGUAUGGCUAAUGGAGUUAAUACAAAGUUGUCUGAAUUGGUUAAAAGUUUAAAUAAUGACAUUCAAGAUCAAAUAUCAAAUGAAUAUAAGGAUUUAAGGCUUAAUCACAAAUCACCCAUCCAAAUUGUAUCUAAAUUAAAUACUAUGGGCUAUGAAAAUAAUAAAAUUCUAGAGCUAGAAAAGCAAGCUCAUUCCUUAAAAAGAAAAUGUAAUUUGGAGCCUUUAUGCACUCCACCCAAGCAAUAUACUCCAUUAGUGUUGAAUUCUACAUUCAAAUCACCAUUAAAUGGCUUGGGAAAUUUUAAUGGAAAAAUUAUUAAUUUAAAAGAAAAUGGUGUUAAAAAUUUUUUACCAGAUUAUCAAAAUUUUGAUUGCACUGCUCAUAAAAUUACAAUACUUAACAAAUCUAUCAAUAAUUAUACCACUCUUCCAAAUUUUAACAUUACAUCUUUAUCAAACCUCAUUCAUUCAAUUAAUAGAAACAAGCCUAUAUCUGCAUUAUCAAAUUCUCCCACAAUAAAUAGUUAUCCUAAAUCAUAUCCACACAACUACUUAAUUCUCAACAAUGUAACAGAUUCUAAUAAAGCGAAAGCAGUCACUAGUCAAAUUAAUCUUUUUAAUCUAGCUAAGGGUACUUCUAUAACACAACUUAAUAUUAACCAAGAUGCUCAAGUUGCUAUACUACAAACUGAUAAUGGCCCAGCUCUUGUAAAUUUAUCACAGCUUUCAUUAAUUAAUAAUUCAAAAAUAAAUUCUACAUCUUUGAAUAAGAAUGAAGAUACUUCAAAUAUUACCAAUCAUAUUGAUAUUAAAUUGCAAAAUUUUACUUCUACAACAAUUUCAAAAUCUUUAUAUAAUGAAACAUAUUCCAAAAAUAUUUGCAAAUCAAAUCCAUUAAAUUCAAUCAUAAAAUUAUCACAAUUUAAAAAUGUUUUAAAAACAAAUACUAAAAAUAAAUUGACACCAAAUCCAAGUGAAUUGAAUAAUACCACACAAUUUACUACUUCAAAAUCUCUGGAAACAUCUAAAAAAUUUGUUAAUGAUUUUAAAACAAAUCCAUAUUUACAAUCACACUUUAUUUCAGAUGUCUAUUGUAAUUCCAAAAGAAUGCAUGUUCACUCACAAUUUUUACAUGAUCAAAAGUGUGUUACAGAACCAAAUAAAUUAAAAUUUUUAACUUUUAAAGAAGCUUGUCAAGGUUUAGUUCCUUACCAUGUUUACAAUUGUGAUAACAUCAUAUUAGAUAGAAAUGAAAAAAUAUUUGACUGUCUAAAUCAUGGAUUAUCAAUUAAGAAAAGCUCCUUAUUAUCAAAAUAUCAGCACCUUUUUUGGGAAAAAUGUUUGAAAUCAUCAAACACAUUAGAAGAUAUUUUAAUUGAUAGGUUAUGGCUUUCAUCUGAAAAGGAAAUUCUCUCCCAGGAUAAAACCAACUGUGAACAAAUAGGGCCUGAAUAUAUAAUAAACAUCUUAACACCUGAAAAGAUAACUCAAAUAUUAUACCCUAACUUCAAACCCGCAUUUCACGAAAAUAUUUUUACAACCCAAAACAACUUUGAAAAAUCCAAAGAUUUUAUUUUUGAAGGUAACACUUUUAAUAACUACGCCAAAGUUUCGACUUCCAAUGGCGCUAAUGUGGAAUGCGCACUAACAGACACCGCAAUAAAGAGUAUCCUAGAUCAUUCCAUAUUAGGACUUAGUAAAUACCCUAUAUUUAUCGAUCCAAAUAUAUCAAAUUACCAAGAUAAUAAUGAUAAUCAAAUCCAAGAACUCGUAUGCCCUUUGUCCGAAAAUUAUAACAUAUCUAAGAAUGGAACAGAUGAUAUUGAAUUGAUAAAUGCCCUCAAUUUAGUUGCACCUCAAUUUAACUACGACGAAAUGGAAAAUUGGGACAAAAACGAUGAUUGUCAAAUCCCAUCAUCACCCAUUUAUGGUUCUAAUACUUCAAAUAUUUGUGAUACUUACCAUGAUAUAUCUUCGAAUAUAGGUGAUGCCGAGUCAUCCCAUUUGGAUAUGAAUCUGUCUAUAGAUAUGGCCCUAGAAGAAGCCGUUAAUAGUAUAUUAUUUUAAAGAGAGCUCAGAAUUAUAUAUUAUAUAUUGACUCCGUUAAAUGCAAAAUAUUAUAUUUUAUUCAAUUUUUCUCGAUUCCAAUUCACAUACUGCAUUGCAUUUUGUUAUUUAUUAAACCCUAUAUUGUAAAAUAUUGAACUAUCUAAAUUUUAUAUAAUUCAUAUAAAUAUUAGCAAUAAAUUACUCGUAAUAAGUA